AUGGCCCUGAGAGCCAUCCUAGCUUCCGCCCUGGUGGCUCUUCCCUCAGUCUUAGGCCAGGACAACAUCGGAUUCGCUAACGGUACCAACGCCAUUACGACAAAGAACUGGGACGCCUUGAUCGUCAAAGAUUCAGGAACUCUCGCGUCUCUUAGACCAAAGGGUAGUAACUUCGAUUUUCUCCCAUACGACUUGAUGCUUCUCAACCGCCGCGUUCAAAACGGCUGCUAUCACUGGGGCGACAUCACGAUUCGGUAUCGAGACUCUUCUUCAACAACAUGGAACGAGAGCAGCUCGGCUACGGUGAGAAAACCGGUACUAAACCUUGAGAACGAAGCAUUGGCGUCAUCAGACCUGUCUCCGACAAUGUCUCUCGGUCCGCUCAACAUCACGCGCGAAUGGAUCGACGUUUCUGGUGAUCUAGGUCUACAAUUCACUAUCGCCAACACCGGAGACAACGACAUCGAAAUCGGGUCGCUGGGAUUCGCGGCAGCGGUGAACAACAUUUUCACCAAGAGAAACGUCACCGACGUCAAUGAGAAAUGUUCAUUCAUGGAGCCCUACAUCGGCCAGGAUGCCGGCCAUCUACGUGUAAUUCCCCUGAACGGAGUUGGCCCAGCUCUCGUUAUCACGCCACUUCACAAGACGCCUCUGGAGGCAUAUAGAUGGCUUUGGGAGGAUAAUAAAGGCGAGACAAGAAUUGGGUCAAACAUGUGGGAAGGAUUCUUCGACUGGACGGUCCACAGCAAAGCCUGGUCCGAGAACGAGUGGAAAGACGCCGAGGCAUGGAAUCCGCCCUCGAGCGUUAUCCUCAAGCCUGGAGAGUCGCGCAUAUAUGGAGUCCGCUUCAAGGCAGUAACCGAGGGAGUACGGCAGAUCGACGCAGCUAUUCGCGAAACGGAGACUCCAAAUGCCAUCAGCAUACCUGGGUAUAUAAUCCCACGGGACACUCAGGCUACACUGCAGCUGCAAACAACUCUAAACGUCGUCUCUAUCUCGGCUCAACCCUCUGAUGCCCUCAGCAUUACGCAAAAGGAAGACAAGACGUACAUAGUCCAGCCAUCAUCGACGGCGUGGGGUCGUGUACGACUGGCGGUUGUUUAUGACAAUAAUACCACGCAGACCAUUCACUACUACGUCACAAAGCCAGCUUCAGAGGCUGUCAGGGAUCUGGGUGCUUUUCUUACCACGAAGCAUUGGUUCGAAGACGACUCAGAUCCGUUCGGGCGUUCUCCCUCUAUCAUGGGCUAUGACGGUGAGAUUGGGGCUAUUGUGGAACAAGAGAAGAGGCUAGCGCCAGCUGGACUGAGCGACGAAGGAGGAGCAGGAGCCUACGUGGCGGCUGCCAUCAAGCAAACCUUCCAACCAGAUGCAGAGGAAAUCGCCAAGCUGGAGGUGUUCAUCGACAAGGUUCUUUUCAAAACCGUUCAAGAUGAGAACUAUGCCGUCAAACGAGGCGUUUUCUACUAUGAUCCUGAGUUGGACUACAACUAUACCAUCACGUCCGGCCCAAAGAAGGAUUACGCGGAUCAGAUUGGCCGCGCGUACAACUAUGUCUGGCCUGCGGCAACUUACUGGUCUCUUUACCGCGCUGGAAGAUCUCGGCCAGGCCUUUUGAGUUCUCAUAACUGGGAAUGGUAUCUCCGACAAGCAUACAAGACCGUCAUGAGAGGAAUGGAAGCGGACAUUGGAUUCAAUGACAAAGGACUCAUGGGCGAGACCAUCUUCGGAAACAUACUGCUUGACCUGGAGAGAGAGGGCAAAGCUUGUGAAGCUGCAAGUCUGAGAGCGGUAAUGAGAAAGAGGGUCGACAAGUGGUUGACGGAAACCUACCCGUAUGGUAGUGAGCAGUCUUGGGACUCCACUGGCCAAGAGGGGGUUUACUUUUGGUCAAGAUUCUUUGGCGAAUCUGCCCUUGCUGAGCGUGUUAAGAAAAGUGUGCUUGGCUACAUGACCACAGUUCCUCACUGGGGCUAUAACGGAAACGCGCGACGAUACUGGGACUUUGUGGUUGCUGGGAAGCUUCAAGUGAUUGAACGUCAAAUUCACCAUUACGGCUCCGGGCUGAAUGCACUCGUGAUGCUCUCGGCAUUCAGAGAUGAUCCAUCCGACUACUAUCUGCUUCGUGUCGGAUACGGAGGCACAAGUGGUCCACUUUCCAACAUUCGAGAGGAUGGGUUCGCUUCCUGCGCCAUGCAUGCGUGGCCAGAACAUCUUUCAUGGGACGGCUUCAGCGGCGACUACGGGCCGAACUUCGUAGGAAUGGUUCUUGGAUCAGGGACCUAUCUGGUAGAGGAUCCUGAUCUCGGACUUGUUGUCUACGGCGGGUCUCUCCGGACUGAGGGAGACGUUGCCAUUGUACAAGUUCGUGAUCCGGUGCGUCAAAAGAUCUUUAUCGGAUCUCUUGGGGUUGAGAUCAGCAUCGAUGCGGGCGUUAUCGAGGAGUUUACCUUCAACCUCAAAUCCGGCCGCAUUUCAGUGAGGGUUGGCCAGCUUGAAAGUGCACCUCAAGCCGAAAGCACUGUCAUCUGGAUUACGACUACGUAUCAAUCUUUCAAAAGGGCUACUGAGUACAAGGUCAUGACGGAUGGAGUGGAAGCCGAGGAAGACAGGCAAGGAAGCAAAGUUAGUUUCCACUCGGAUGCUAUAGAGAUUCAGAUAGAUUAG